CGCUCUUUACUCGCCAUUUUCCCAUCUUCUGAAGCCAGAAUCGGUCUAUUCUAGUGUCACUGUGUCACUCGGAACUGUUAGCUCGUUAAUUAAUUGCUACCGGAGACGAACGGAGCUCUUUAUAGAGUCUUAAACAUCGGUUUGCUUCUGCCGGAGCUCCAACAAACAUGAACAUUUUCAGGCUAACCGGCGAUCUCUCUCACCUAGCAGCCAUCAUCAUCCUGCUGCUAAAAAUAUGGAAAACCAGGUCUUGUGCCGGUAUUUCUGGAAAGAGUCAAGUCCUCUUUGCCUUGGUGUUCACCACUCGGUACCUGGACCUGCUCACCUCCUUCAUCUCUCUCUACAACACCACCAUGAAGAUCAUCUACAUUGGAUGUGCGUAUGCCACUGUGUACCUGAUCUACAUUAAGUUCAAGGCAACUUACGAUGGUAACCACGACACGUUCAGAGUGGAGUUCCUGGUUGUCCCUGUUGGUGGUCUGGCUUUCUUGGUUAACCACGACUUUUCUCCCCUGGAGAUCCUGUGGACUUUCUCCAUCUACUUGGAGUCGGUGGCCAUCCUGCCCCAGCUCUUCAUGAUCAGCAAGACGGGUGAGGCCGAGACCAUCACCACCCACUACCUGUUCUUCCUGGGACUCUACAGAGCCGUCUACCUCAUCAACUGGAUAUGGAGGUUCUACUUUGAGGGAUUCUUUGACAUGAUCGCCAUCGUUGCUGGAGUGGUGCAGACCAUCCUCUACUGCGAUUUCUUCUAUUUGUAUGUAACAAAAGUGCUGAAAGGAAAGAAGCUUAGUCUUCCAGCCUAAGUGCCAAAGAGGAGAAUCUUGGCAGACUCCGAGCGGGGGAUCAAAGGGGAGGCGGAGUGUUAGUGGACACCCCUGCCCCACUCUCCCACCACCACCACCACCACCACCUCCUCCUCUUCCCCUCCCGCCACAGCGUAAGAUGCCUGAGACAGAGAACGAGUGGGAGCCGCUGACUGCACCUUCCUCUGAUCCAGAAUCAGUGGAAUCAGAACACCUUCAGAGGCUGGUCCAAGGCCUUCGGAUUUCUGUUUGAUGCAUCUUGCCUUAACUGUUUUUUAUUACUCUGUAUAAAGGAAGAAAAAAGCGAGAAAAGUUUUCUACAUAAGAUGUGUACUCUGAAGAUUCGACACAUUGGUGAAUAAGACCUGAAGAUAUAAAAUUGCCUGUGAUUUGGCAUUGUACCAUACUGAGGCGGACUUCUUGUGGUGGGAUAUUAUUGACUCGAGCGUUUGUAAUAAUAGUAUUUGCAUUGGAAAUAAAUGUGCAUUGUUUUUCCUGAAUUAAUUUGGGGAGGAAUUUGUUGAAGCCUCAUAACUUUGGUGAGCAAGUCGUUCUUGUUUUGCUCAUCUGUUUCUGACCAGUAUGCAUUCCCAUGUAUAAAGACUUUGUUUCAGUUUCCCUCAGUAGAAAACAAAUCUAAGAUAGACGCCAUCUUUUAAAUACAAACAAAAAAAAAAGGAUCUCAGACGUUGUAACUCUUGAGUUAUAUUUUUGUUCAGAUGCCUUCAGAAUUGACCAGUAUUCAUUGCUUCUGUGGUAUUUUACUUUUUACUAUAUUGAGCAAAAUACUUAAAAGAAAAAAAACACAACAUGAAAAAGAAAAGGGUUGAAAGGAUGCCAAUAAACUCUCAUCACUGUAAAUGGCUUUCCUCAUUUGUAUACUUCCAUUCAUGACCCAACAAAGAUGCUUUGUCACCUGUAAUUAUAGUUCAUCGCCCAGCUCAUUUAUUUCAGACACAAUGUGCUGUACGUGAAGUUUCACUACAGAGAUUGAUUUUUUUUUUUUUCUUUUAGGUGCAGAUGUAUUUAUUUUUUAUCUUCCUGGUUUUCAAUAAACAGAGUCCAUCGAAGAGUC